AUUCGCCCCUUCGUCCACCGUCGUUGAAUCUGACCAGCAAUCUGUGGACACCUUAGUCAAUUUCACAAUGAGCCUUCUGGUCACUUUCAUCUCGGCUGCUUGUCCCCUGGCUCUGAAUCACAGCAUCACUCCGGACUAGCAGGAGGAAGGAGGGAAAUCCUGCUUUGCAUCCUGACAACUUUUGCGGCGGAGGCCUGGGGAGAUGGAUGGCGGAGACAUGCAGGCGUUAACUCCCCACGCACAUUCCAGCAUGGUGUCUGUUGGGGAAGGAUUUACUGUAGUCUCUGGCAUUUGAUUCCUCCUUCUGCUUUAUUGGGAGACGAAAUCUUAGAGAAGAUGCCUUUGGUGCUGUGGGCUCUUUGCCUUGGUGUCCUGGAUACGGUCCUUUGCAGUUAUUCAGAAGACCAGUGCAGCUGGAGGGGGAGUGGCCUGUCCCAGGAAUCGGGCAGCGUGGAGCAGAUCUCUCUACACUGUGCUGAGGGCUCACUUGAGUGGCUGUACCCAGCCGGGGCUUUACGCCUCAGCCUCUCCCCUCGCCUCCCCAUUAGCACUGCAGCCAAAGGGAAGAGCCCCAGGCAGGUCACCACCUGUAUCAAGCCCUCCAGCACCUUCCGAGGAGCUCAGAUCUAUCUGGAGAGGAAUGGGAUCCUGGAGCUGCUGUUGUCUGAGGCAGAUGCCUCCCUUCGCCGCAGGGUGCGCUGCUUCACCUGGCUGCCCCAGGAGAAAGUGGCACUGUUCCUUCAGUCUACCCUGCACCAGGACAUCAGCCGUCGGAUUGCUGCCUUCCGCUAUGAGCUGCGGGGAGACUGGAACUCACGCCUCUCACUGCCCUCCAGCAACCUCAGCAUGGAAGGGGCAUGCCGGCCGUGUAAUAACACGGAGAUCUUGAUGGCCAUUUGCACUAGUGACUUUGUCAUUCGUGGCAACAUCCGGACCGUCUCCAAUGAUGUUGAGAUGCAGGAAUCCAUCAUCAGCGUGAGUGCCAUGCGCAUUCACAGGCAGAAAUUCACUUUGUUCCAGCCUGCCGGCAAAUCCAGCAAAUCCAUGGGCAGCAUCCACACCCUGCUGCAAUGUGGAGUGAAACCAGGACCUGGCAGCUUCCUCUUCAUGGGGUGGCUGCACUUUGGGGAGGCCUGGCUUACCUGUGCUCCCCGUUACAAAGACUUCCGGCGUAUCUAUGAGGAUGCGCACCAGGCUCAUGAGAACCCCUGUGAAGUCUCGCUGGACUGAGCGAUGAGGGCAGGGGCAUUCAGCCUGACCCUUGGGAAUGGGGAUCACCAGCAGCAACAAUGGUGCCACCAAGGGCUCACAUCCACCAGCCUGGAGCUAGCAAGAGUUCUCCCCUUCCCAUACAGACCUGCAGUGGUCCCCAUUCGUGCUUCACUUGCUCUGUGCUGAAGAGAGUUGUAAGGCACCUUCUGUGCUAACAGGAACCUGGCCCCUGGGGCGGAGGUCCCCAGACUAAUGAUUAGGAGUGGGCACACACUGAGUAACAUAAAGGGAAUUAGACCCUCCCCUUGUGGGGAACAGUAAUACACAUAGGACUGACUAAUGGACAGCAGGACUUCUAGUCAACCCUCCAUUUAAGCAGCUUGAGGGGACAAAAAAUGCCAGUGAAAUGACACAGUCUCUGCACAGUUGCUAAGUCAAUCCUUGGUAUCCCAAGAUUCAUUGCCAGGCGAGUCCCAGCACUGAGGGGCUUUCUUGCUGUACUGUGACUGUUCAGACUAAACAUGGGAGUGGGCUGAGCGCGUGGAUCAUCAGAACUGGAAACCAAUGCAUGAGCAAUUCUGCUUCUCAUUUUGCACCGAAACACACCCACACGUCAUGGAAAAGGCUUUGGCAAAACCAGCCAAUGGCAUGGGAGCCUGUCUGUGAAAAUCCUGCCUGAAGAAAGAGGCCAUUCUAACUGCACCUGAUUUGACCCAUAGAACCUGAUUCAGCAAAGUUCUUGAGCACAUGCUGUCAGUCCCAUUGACUUCAAAGGGACUAAGGCCUAGAGCCUCAAAGGUAUUUAGGCAUCUGUGUGCUUUGUAGAAUUGGGGCCUUGUUGCUCUGAUAAAGUUUGGUUCUGAAAUAGCCCUGCUCCCUCUCCUUCCCCCAGAGCUUCACCCCUCCAGGGAUGGGAGGAAGACCCAGGGAAUGGCAGCUAUCAUUUUUACAUUCCAUUUAGUGUUUGUUUGGGUAGAAAUGUGAAGACACUGCUUUGUACACAGCAUGGGAAAGUGGGGGAUAGCUGAGUUAUGGGGGAGAGUCAGAGCAGGGUUGGGGAUAUCCGCUGGAUGGGCUCUUGAAAGGACAUAAAUUAAUGGAUCACAGCUAGAAGUUUGCCUAUCCCUGGCUCUGAACUUGGCUGCCAAAAAGUUGCCCCAUAGAGUCCUCACAGGUAUCUUGUGUCUACUCUCAUUGACACUUGGGGAGUGUUCCCUGGAGGGGCCCCAGCUUUACACUACAGUAGCAGAGCAGAAUGUGGGUAUCAAUCUGUAUCUGCCAGGGGAGGAGGAAGAUUACCUGCUAUGGGUUUUGGGUGCUGGGGAAGUAGUUUAUAUCUGCCAGCAAGGAAAGACAUAAGCAGCCCUAAGACUUUGAUUAAACCGUUAUGUAAAUGUGUACACAAGCUCAGUGCUGCUCUUCAAGCUCCUGCCAGCGGAGCCCUCACUCAAAGCCCCAUGCACAGACUUUGGCGCCACCUCUCUCCACACAUUUACCUCCAUCCCUCAAACCUGGCAUUGUCCUUGCCUUCAGCAACACCCAAAAUGCAGAAUCACCAAACAGCUUCUAGAACACUUUAAAAGAGAGCCCAGGGCCCAGGCUGAGAUUGGCUCUAAACUUCCCCGGAGUUCUGCUUCAGAUCCAGAUCCAGGGUUCUGGUUCUGGUGUUCCAGUCUGGUUUCAUCUCUGCACUAAAGAAGCUGACACCAUUUUAGCAUCACUUUUGUGCUGUCUCUGGUCUGUGAUCAUCAUCUACGGGCCUUGACAGGACAAGUGGGGUGGGAAGAACCUUUGCGAAAUUCAGCCUGAAGUGGUGCGGAAGACAGUCCAGUAUAACUCUUGUGUGUACAGCAGUGAACUCUCACAAGGGAAAUAUUUUUAAAUGAAGAUUUGGGUAGACUGUAGUUUGAAGAAAAGGUUCCUGUAUAAUAGACCCCAUAAACUAAUGGCACCUGUGGGAGCCUGAGUGCAUGGCGGAGAUGUGACUGGAGAGCACAAGUUUGUCUUUCUGCAGCUUGUGUAUUUCUGAGCGGAUGGUAUCUCAACACACUAUAUAGAUAUACAGUAUUGUCAACCAUGUGUGUAUUGAAGGAGAUGGAUUUGCAACAUUGUGAGGCGUCCCUACGGAGAAUCUGUACAUGUGGAACAGAGAUUGCCAUGCCAUCACAGAUCAGUGUGCUUCAGCCACCAGUGGUGGAAAGUAGGCAGGCAACAGCUGCUGAUGGAAGCAUUCAGGAAGAAGCAAAGACCUUGGGAGGAGAGAGCAAGAAAGCAGAAGCUUCUCAUUGGAGAACAGGAGAUAGGACUAAGGAUCAAGAGAUUCAAAAGACUCUUGUCUUCUAGAUCAUUACAAACAGUUGGAACUUGGACAACUGCAGAGAAGAAUAAUCUCUUGGUUCGGUUAUUGCGGUGUGUGGGAAGGAGAUCUGGGUUUUCAGUUUUAAGCUGACACAUCCACUUUGGGGCGCUCAGAAGCUGUAGAACAGAGAUUUUGAGUUAAAGGGACAGGGCUGAGGGGAGUUUGGGACAAAGUCAGUCACACCAGUUAACUAUCAGCACACUCCUAAUUUCAUGUGGAAACUGCUGCUAAAGCCCAGGAGUUUUAGACCUUGGCUACACUACAACUUCCAAUUGAGUUUGUAACUUAUUAGUGGCACAGCUGACCCUAACCAUGGCUUGUGUCUACAUACACGACACUAUUAACACUCAGUUAGUAAUCAUGGCAGCUAACUAGGUAGUUUUGGCUCAGUUCAGAUCUAGCCUGGAACAUGGUUGGCUUCUUGUAACCAGUUUGUAACAUGUUUUUGCUGUGCAGGUGAACAGCCCAGCAUGCUUUGGCCCCCUGCUGCAGCAUGUCCUCUACUCUAGACCCUGUUGAGGUGUCAUGAGAGCUGCCCAGAUUUUCCCAGUUUUGUUCAAUAUCUUCAUAAAUGAUCUGGAGGAUGGUGUGGAUUGCACCCUCAGCAAAUUUGCGGAUGAUACUAAACUGGGAGGAGUGGCAGAUACGCUGGAGGGCAGAAUUAGGAUACAGAGGGACCUAGACAAAUUGGAGGAUUGGGCCAAAAGAAAUCUGAUGAGGUUCAAUAAAGAUAAGUGCAGGGUCCUGCACUUAGGACAGAAGAACCCAAUGCACAGCUACAGACUAGGGACCGAAUGGCUAGGCAGCAGAAAGGACCCUGCGGAAAAGGACCUAGGGGUGACAGUGGAUGAGAAGCUGGAUAUGAGUCAGCAGUGUGCCCUUGUUGCCAAGAAGGCCAAUGGCAUUUUGGGAUGUAUAAGUAGGGGCAUAGCGAGCAGAUCGAGGGACAUGAUCGUCCCCCUCUGUUCGACAUUGGUGAGGCCUCAUCUGGAAUAUUGUGUCCAGUUUUGGGCCCCACACUACAAGAAGGAUGUGGAUAAAUUGGAAAGAGUCCAGCGAAGGGCAACAAAAAUAAUUAAGGGUCUGGAACACAUGCCUUAUGAGGAGAGGCUGAGGGAACUGGGAUUGUUUAGUCUGCGGAAGAGAAGAAUGAGGGGGGAUUUGAUAGCUGCUUUCAACUACCUGAGAGGUGGUUCCAGAGAGGAUGGUUCUAGACUAUUCCCAGUGGUGGAAGAGGACAGGACAAGGAGUAAUGGUCUCAAGUUGCAGUGGGGGAGGUUUAGGUUGGAUAUUAGGAAAAACUUUUUCACUAGGAGGGUGGUGAAACACUGGAAUGCGUUGCCUAGGGAGGUGGUGGAUUCUCCUUCCUUAGAAGUUUUUAAGGUCAGGCUUGACAAAGCCCUGGCUGGGAUGAUUUAACUGGGGAUGGGUCCUGCUUUUGAGCAGGGGGUUGGACUAGAUGACCUCCUGAGGUCCCUUCCAACCCUGAUAUUCUAUGAUUCUAUGAUUCCCACAAUGCACUGCUACAAACCUAGGGUAGGUGUGAACACAUAAACAUCUGUAACAUGGUUGCACUGUGAAAAAAUCUGCAGCACGGAGACAUGUCUGUUGUAAAGGGUUAGAUGAGACAGGUUACAACACCAUUGUUUCAUAUGAAGUGUGGAUGGGACCUGCGGCCAAUGAAUGACGGUUCACAUGAUUCUGCCCCACUUCCUAUCCAAAAACGCUUAUUUGGGAGAGGAGUGAUAUUUGACAAUGGAAUGGGGACACCAUAUGUGCACUAAAAGUUAUAAUGAUACCAAAUUUGUGGGGUUUUUUUAAAGACUAAACUUUUAUGUGUAAAGCAUGUUUUGUUUUGUUUUUUUAAUUUGAAAUCUUAAUAUAAAGUGCAUCUCCACAGCUGUAAAACACUGCCUGGCACAUUAGCUGUCGCCAUUCUGUAGGGUGUAGUCAAUGGCCGUGAGAAUCUUUGUAAUUGAGUUUGUACAUAUAACGUCUAUUUACAAGGUAAGGAAGGAAGCCCUGAUUCUGUGUAGUUUGUAACAAUGAGAUUUCUUCUUGUUGUGGUUUGAAAUAAAAAAUUGUAUUUGUCAUCUGUGGUUUUGAAACACCAUAUAAAAAAAAUGAGUAUUUCUAGCAA